AUGGAAGUGAUUGAGGAGCUCGCAUCUAAUGACGAAGGAUGGAGCAACGAAAGGAGUAAGGUGCAUAGAGUGACUUCUACUACAGAUCAUAAUCCUAUGAGUGCCCUAUCCGACAAGUUGGAUGCGUUGACCAUGAAAUUUGAUUGCAUGAUAAUGGGGAAACCUUCUCAAGAGCCCCAAGGAAGUAUGGAGGACGUGAACUAUGUGAAUAAAGGGGGCAACAACAGGUACUACAAUAAUCCACACCCCAACUUUCAUGGUGGAGGAUAUAAUCAGUACGGGAACACGGGGCAUCCUAAUCUCUCUUAUGAGAACCCCAAUAAUGCCCUGCAACCACCCCCAGGGUUCACGGUUACUGAUGGAGUGGUUAAUGAUCCGAAGAAGAUGACCACGGAAGACAUACUCAAGUCUUUCAUGCUACAGUCCAACAAGCUCAUGGAGCAGAACAAUCAAAGGAUGGAGAAAGUUGAGAAAGAUGUGCAAAGUAUACUCACCCAUCUGAAGUUCGUAGACACACAGCUGAGCCAGAUUGCUCAGGCUGUGAGUAUGAACCACAAGCCUGGGCAGUUCCCAGGCCAGCCAAAUGAGAAUUCGAAAGGAUGUAUGGCCAUCCAUCUGAGGAAUGGCAAGACGUAUGAAGGCCCAUCUCUGUCUGAGACCACGAAGGACGCUAUUCUUGAGCCUAAGGCUGUCGUGGCAGAGAAACUGAAGGAUAUAUUCAGGAAGGUGCACGUGAACAUCCCACUGAUUGAGGCACUACAGCAGAUGCCGAAGUAUGGGAAGUUUCUGAAGGAGGUGAUAGCCCAGAAGACCAGUUGGGGGCAGGUAGACACUAUUAAUCUAACUGAAAAUUGCAGUGCUCUGCCGCAAAGGAAACUGCCGGCCAAGCUGAAGGAUCCUAGAAGUUUCACUGUCGACUGCCUCAUUGGGGGCUAUAAGGUGGAGAAAGCUCUCUGCGAUCUAGCGCGAGCAUUAAUCUAA